AAUCGUCUCUAGAGGCGUGUGAAAAAAUCUCAUCAACACACUAAUAAAGCGAUUUUCUGUUUCAGUACACAAAUAUCACUUCAAUACACAAAUAUACACACUCAAGCUUUUCAUUCUCUCACAUCCAAAACAUAUAUGGAACUGUAACGAUCUGAAAAUGGAAAAACCCAAUUCUCAGACAGAUUCAUUCAACUGGGACUAUGUGAGUUCUGAUGUAACGGAACUGAUUCUCUCUUACCUCCCAAUCCGGUCAAUUGUUCGUGCCUCUACAGUUUGCAAGCUCUGGCACUCGAUCAUCACCUCUGUGUCUUUCUCCACUCGCGUCUCCGCCGCGAAAAAGCCCUGGUUUUUCCUCUACGGCCAGAACAACAUCUUCUUGAAGAACAACCAAGCCUUCGCUUUCGACCCUGAAGCCGAUGAGUGGAUCAAAUUGCCCACCACUCUCUUUCCCUGGCCCUCUUCCCAGGAAGAGUCCUUCAUCGGCUCCGGCGGCUUCUGCUUCAUCACCACCUCCUCCACCGCCGCCAAAUUCAGCUUCUCGCCUAUACUCAAAGCCUCUUGGCGCCAAACCUCACCUCUUCGCUUCUUUAGAUGCAACCCUCUUGUGGGUGUCUACACCGAUGGGUCUGGCUUGUCUAGGUUCAUUGUUGUUGGUGGUGUUAGGUUCAUUGGUGGAUUAGUCGAUAUAGAGGACAGAUUGGCUGUUGAAAUAUAUAACCCUAAUUUCGAUUCCUGGGAGCUUUGCCCUCCUUUGCCUGUAGAUUUCACAUCUGGGAAUUCGUCGCAGUGGUUGUCAUCUGCAUUGUUCAAGGACAAAUUCUACGUGUUUGGGAUAUAUUCGUGUUUUGUGUCGUCUUUUGAUUUGAAUAAGCACUUUUGGAGUGGGGUUCAGACACUCCGCCCUCCAGGGGUGUUGUUUUCGUUCUUGAUUUCGUGCCAGGACCAGCUUGUGUUGGCAGGAUUGUGCAAUGCACCUCCUGGGCCGUCCUUCAAUCUGUGGAAGAUUGAUGAGAAGACAAUGGAAUUCAGCGAGAUAGCAAUUAUGCCUCAAGAAUUGCUUUAUUGUCUGAUUGAUAGCGAUGAGGAUGAUAAAUUUGCAAGCUUGAAAUGUGUUGGACUGGGUAAUGUUAUCUAUGUGUUUAAUGAGGAGCAUCAUCGGAAUUACCCAGCUUGUGCUUGUGAAAUUAGCAAUGUGUCUGGUAAGUGCAGCUGGAGGAGGGUCCCCAAUUUGCCUGUACAUGCAAAUCGGUUCCAUAAGCUCAUCAGCUUUUGUUCAACUGUUUCACUUGAUAAUGUUCUUCGCGGUGAAGUGGAAGAGCUUGGUCCAGAGCAGGCUAGCUAUUGAUUGGUCAACUUUUCUUCUUGGAAAGUUGAUGAUGGAUUUGCAAUACUAAAAGCUACUAAACCUAUGAGGAUCGUCUAAAAUCAUAAGCUUGUGGUUAUGAUAUGAUCAAAAUUGGUAUGAUAAAUGCUACUGAAAGAAGGUCCUUCAUCUUUGUUUCAUGUUUUUAGGCUACAGGGGUUACCAGCUUCAUGUUAGGGUGAAGUGAUAGAGCACGAGUCAGGCUGCCGUAUAUGGUGUGUGAUGGUAAAAGUCGUGUAAACAACAGGAUGUACCUUGACAAUUGCUGCAGUAAUGAUGUUUCAACUGAGAAUGUAUUAUUGAUGACGUUUUCAACGAGCCUGUAUUAUGAAUAUAAGGACGAUAAACAUGUGCAGUACACUAGUCAGUAGCGCUUUUGUACGAGAAGUGUAAACAGAGUUGGAAUGAAUCUCAUGUCGUGUUGGGUGUCUCAAAUGCAUGUGAGCUUGAGCCCAUCCGAGCACCAUUCCAGUUUUUUUUUUUUUUUUUUUGAAGCACCAUUCCAGUUGAUUAGGUGUUUUUCCUGUGUCUACCCUAUCAAACUUCAAACCAUUUAAUUAUUAUAUGCUUAGUAUUCAAAAUCCGUCACCCAUUGAGCC